CGGCUGGCACGGGGAGGACUCCCAUAGAGGGAAAAGGUCGUUCAACUAUUUACUUCAGUAUCUUCAAGUGAGGUGAUACUUUCUCUACAUACUCAUGUCAAGCCAGAUGGAGAGAGGCUAUCACUCCUGGUCGGAUGAGCAAAAAGUCAAACUGCUCGAGUCGAUUAUUGAGCAAAUCGAUAAAGGACGGGCGUUUCGGAAUAUCGCUGACGGGAACUUGAACAUCCAAGGAUGGACGGCCGUCCGGAAGCAGCUCAACAACUCAUUCGAUCUGGAUCUCACCGACAGACAGAUCAAGCACCAGAAGGGCUCCAUCCAAACUGCCUUCUUUGAUUACCAGUUUCUAAGGGGCCAGCAAGGGUUUGGUUGGGACGAUGAAACCCACACACUCACGGCCGAUCAGAAGACUUGGAAUCAACUCACCCGAAUCAAUCCAAGAAACAGUCUCGCCAAACUGAAGAACAAGCCAUUCAAAAUCUAUCAUCUCGCCGAUCGAAUCUUCAACCCAAGGAAAAUCGCUCAAAGUCCGAUCAAGCAAGAUGAUACUGUCGUCAAGAGAGAAGAAGUCAACCCGAAGAAGCGCACCUCUUCCUCCAUCCACAAUGAUGAAGAUAGCGAUAUCGAAAUCCUUGAUAGCCGACCCGAACAGGCUCCCACACCUGCGAAACGUCCUCGAGAAGGAGAAUCACUUGCAAGCAGAACGCCUAAUACUCGAUCAAAAGAACGGGAUCCUCCCUCUGGCUCUGAUACCUCUCUCAAAGACCCGUCUACCAAACCAUCUGAGUCAAGGGAGGACCAGAUGAUGCUUGACGCUAUGUAUAAAGCAUUUGAAGAGGACGACUUCACCCCUACUCCCAAUGGCACUUCCGGCACCCGAUCUCAAAAAGAAGGCGGUCCAGCGCACGCUUCAACUCCUCUGAAAGAGCUACCUGCCGCCCGUCCUCAAGAAGGAGACUCAUCAUCUAAUGUCACGAAGAGGACCGAUCAAUUGACAGGACCUAUUAAUGAAACAACGGAGAAGGAAAAAUCCCUUGCUAGUCGUGAUCCCAGUAUCCGAUCUCAAAAAGAUGAUGAUGGCCCGUUUCACUCUUCGACUACUCCAAUGGAUUCGCCUACUGUUUGUCCUCGAGAAGCAGAAACAUCCGCUGCCGCAGAAUCAUUGUCCGAUGUUGCAAAGAGUACCAAUCAAUCGAUACGUCCUAUUAACAGCACAACGGAGCAGGAAAAAUCCCCUUCCUGCGGGAUUUCUAGUACUCGAUCUCAACAAGAAGAUGGUCCAGUUCACUCUUUGACUCCUCCAAAAGAUCCACCUAUGGUUUGCCCCCGAGAAGGAGGAACCUCAGCGGUCGUAAAUCCAAUGUCCAACGUCACAAAGAGUACCGAUCAAUUGAUAGGUCCUAUCAACAGUGUAACGGAGGGGGAAAAAUCACUUGCCUGCGGAAUCCCCAGUACUCAGUCUCAAAAAGAAGAUGGUCCAGUUCACUCUUCGACUCCUCCAAAAGAUCCACCUAUGGUUUGCCCUCGAGAAGGAGAAAUGUCAGCGGUCGUAAAUCCAAUGUCCCACGUCACAAAGAGUACCGAUCAAUUGAUAGGUCCUAUCAACAGAGUAACGGAGGAGGAAAAAACCCUUCCCUGCGGGAUUUCUAGUACUCGAUCUCAAAAAGAAGAUGGUCCAGCGACUCCUCCGAAAGAUUCACAUACUAUCUGUCCUGGAAAAGGAGAAACGCCAGCCGUCUCCGCGAAUUGCACCAAACAGUUCAAGCGCUCAGAUAGUAAGGGGGCGACAGAAGAGGACAGAUCCCUUUUAAAUAGGAUUUUGGGUUGUCAGUCUCGAAAAGAAGAAGAAGAUCCGACUGACUCUAUGGCACCUCUCCUGCAACAUUCAAUCUCCACCAAAGCUCUCAAAUCUCUUGCAGAGCUUUUCAUGAACGAAAUCGAUGAGAAUGACUACAUUCGCUUCGUUCGUGUCCUCGAAAAUGAAAAGAAGGCCACCACUUUCUUGGCCUUAGUCCAUACCUCUUCCAAAAGAAUUUGCAACUUGUGGCUUGAUCUAGAAGCUCCCGGUCUUUAG